AGGAGAGAAGAGGGUCCAAGAGAGAACCCAGGGAAAUAGCUGCCCAAGCUAAGGAAGGGAAGUGGACAGUAAUGCCCCAAAGCAGACAGAAGGAGCUGUCCAGUGAGGAAACUGAGGCCCAGAGGACAGACACAGCUAAGAAAGCUUUGAGGCUGGAAGCUGAGCCCGGUCUCUCCUUCUACCUCUGCACCUCCUGCACCUCCCACCCUGGCAGUAGGACCCCUGCAUCCCUCCCUCUAGACAGCCUGCGGCAGAGGCCUCCCCUGGGUACCUUUCUGGACAUGGAGAAGGCACAGAGGCUGCUGCUGCUGCUGCUCGGGGUGGGCAUAACCCCCAGCAGUGGCUCUGAGCUAAGAGACAGAACCCAUGCUCUCAUGAAAGCCUACCCACUUAUCGAUGGCCAUAAUGACUUACCAGGAAUCCUGAGAUGGUUUCAUCAGAAUAGACUCCAAGGCCUCAACUUGAGAACCUUCAACAAAAGUCAGACCAGCAUUCAGAAGCUUCAAGCAGGGAUGGUGGGAGCCCAGUUCUGGUCAGCCUAUGUCCCCUGCCAGACUCAGGACAAGGAUGCUUUGCGCCUAACCCUGGAGCAGAUUGAUAUCAUCAAACGGAUGUGCAAUGCUUAUGAGGAGCUGGAGUUUGUGAGCUCGGCGCAAGAGCUUAAGGAGAGCCGGAAGCUGGCUUGCCUGAUUGGGGUGGAAGGGGGCCACUCCAUGGAUGGAAGCCUGGCCGUCUUGCGGGCAUUCUAUGACCUCGGAGUGCGCUAUAUGACUUUGACACAUUUCUGUAACACACCGUGGGCGGAGAGCUCCACCAAGGGUCUGCAUCACUCUUACCCAUAUAUUAGGGGACUCAAUACUUUUGGUGAGCAAGUGAUACUGGAAAUGAACCGUCUGGGCAUGAUGGUGGACCUGUCCCAUACAUCAGAUGCCACGGCCAAAAGGGCGAUGAUUGUGUCUCAGGCUCCGGUGAUCUUCUCGCACUCAUCUGCCUUCUCAGUGUGCAACUACACUAGGAAUGUGCCAGACACCCUCCUGAAGCAGUUGAAAAAGAAUGGCGGCAUUGUGAUGGUGACCUUCUCUGUAGGCGUGAUUCAGUGUGAACUGUUGGCCAACAUCUCCACAGUAGCAGAUCACUUUGACCACAUAAAGAAGGUCAUAGGAGCCGAGUACAUGGGGAUUGGAGGAGACUAUGAUGGUGUCGGCAAGUUUCCACAAGGCCUGGAAGAUGUCUCCAAAUACCCCGCUUUGAUUGCGGAGCUGGUGAGGCGGGGCUGGAGCGAGAAGGAACUGCAGGGUCUGCUUCGGGACAACCUCCUGAGAGUGUUUCAGAAAGUGGAACAGGUUCGGCAAGAAAGCAAGUCAAAGAGUCCCAAUGAAGACGUGAUCUCUGAAAUAGGACUGGAUAAUCAGUGCCGCUCAUCUUUCCAGCAGCUGGCAUCACUGAAGCCACGUCAGAGCGGGCAAGCCUUCCUGCGCCCAGCCCUGCACCUCACCACCUUCGCCCUGCUCCUCAUGUCCUCAGUGGGGCAGCUCUUCCCCUGAGAUGGAAGGUUGGGUAGAUCAGUGCCUAUCUCAGAACAGAUCUAGAGUUCUCAAUUUGGGCCCUUGGGAGAUGGACCCCAGCCUGGUUCAGGGGGACAGCCAUGUCCUCCCCUUCCCCUCUGGUACCCCUCUGCUCCCUGGCUAGGCUACUGACCUCAUUUAAGCAGCAGAGAGGCCUGUCAGGCAUUGGCUCCCAACCUGCAGCCUUCCUUUCCAAUGGUCGGUUAAGUUUCCAGUGGUUCUUCCUGAGAAUCAGACUCCCCUGGGAAUCAGUGGUGGAGGUGGGGAGGAUGGUAAUGAUGGUCCAGGCCCAAGCAGCUCUUAGAUUAGGCUGCAAAUCACUCUCCCAACUGCUCCAGGCUCAGGCCCAAAUCCCUCUCUUGUUACCAUAUUAUUUCUGGUAGGACUUGUGAUUAGUAACCCCCUUUGCUUGAGGAGCCAGAGAUGCAGCUCUGUUUCCCCCUCAAUGUAAGAUCCAGCUCAGCAGAACCUCUGAUGAGGGGAAACCGGACCUUGUCUGCCCUCUCUGCUUCCUGCCCCCAACUAGGAGAGGACGUCUCUAGGCCAGUCAUUCAGGCAGGAGAGCCAGCAAGUGAUGGGGCCAUACAGGACUGGAGCCUCAAGUUCUGACCUUCUCUGAACUGACUCGGAUGCCUCUGGAGCCUUGGACCAUUCAUCUUCAAUUUAUGGUUCAGUGAAAUCUUAUCCCAUUAACAUUCGCUUUCUGCUUGGAGGGAAAGGCCUGGCUCUCUUUAAGCCCCAAAUUUAGCAUCAUAGCAUCUUAUUAGUAGUCCGUGUCUUUUGGCUUGCUGUUCCCCCUCUCCCUCCCUUUUCCCGUCUGACGUUUCCGUCAUUUCUAGACCCUUAUUCUGAAUUUCAAUGAGAAAAUUUCUAAAUUUUCCCCUGGAAAGGCUGCUAGGAUUAGAUAUGGCAUUGACUUCUACCCAACAACACUUACCCACUAGCCUAGGUCAAAUGAGUACAAAUAAACAUUAGAAAUAACUUGAAAA